CACAUGCGCUCUCACCCGCACAUCAAAUUAGAUAUUUGUAUUUGCCAGUCUCCCACAAUCAGUUCAUACAUUUGUUUGUGACCAAUUUCAAUCAUGCAACAUUCUGACCAAACCGAAGACAUACGUAAUACGCUCUAUCACCUACUCGACAAUCUCGGACCUUUUUCCACACUCUGUCCAUCAUCUGUCGCUCGUCAAAUGCACAAACAAGAUCCCGUGGGAUAUCCCGAUUGGAGAGUUCUGAUGGAUUCUGUACGAGAUGUGGUUUGGGACGAGGUGCAACGAGGUCAUGUCGAGGUGACACAAGGUGGGACGGUGAGAACUUGGGAUGAGAAGGAGAAGAUUAAAGGACCUAUACGUGUAAGAAAACCUAUGAAGACGACUCAAGAAAGUGGAUGAUGCCUUGGGACUUGUUACGAGAGAAUCAACGUGCAUGUCAAACGACAACUUUUGGAGAAAGAGAAACAUAUGGAGUGAUUGGAGGAAAGGAAGACUUUUGAAACGAGUAAAAUUUAAAGAAGGCAUCAUGAGUCAAAAGAAAGGGUGAAAGGAAAUGCAUAUGGUGUGUAUC